AUGCCGCACACCCCCUCUUCUCCUUCCUCCUCCACACUGGCCCUGGUGUCCAAACCAUCCACCUCGCCUCCCUACCUCACCCUAUGGCCGCCGAUGUCGAGGAAGACGCAGAAGCUCGCCGGAUUUCGCGCGCCCAAAAUCGCCCAGGAUGCCGAUGACGUCGCAGCAGUGCACGCGCGGACGCCACUGGCCACGCGCCGCCUCGCCAACACGAGCACGCCCUGGACCCCCGCUGUGCAGGUUAGCGAAAUCGCGUGCUUGGGCAUUUUGGCCAGCAAACUCCCGCCUUGCGUUUCAAAAGCCAACUUGCGUACAAAAAAAACUAGGAAUGAAGCCACUGUAGCAGCAGAAGAGGAGGGCGGCGACGGAGGCGAUGGAGAGAACACCGGCCGCGUCUUGCCGCCUCUUAAAAGGCCGGCCAGUCGGCCACGGACCGCCAAGCCCCCGAUCGUCUCAAUCGCUCGCUCCAACCGUCGGACGCCGCGGAGGAGGAUGGAGGACAUCGCCCCGGAGGAGGAGGAGGAGGAGGAGGAGGAGAGCAUGGCCGACCGCGCCCGCCUGCUAGACUCGGACUCGGAGCCGGAGCAGCCGGACCCCGUCGCGGCCCGGGCGACUAUCGCGCCGUACCUCGAGGACGUCGACAGCUACAUGCGGUCCCUGGAGGCGCUGAGGAGGCCGAGGGACUAUAUGCUGCCGGUGGAAGUCACACAGGGAGCUAUCACCCCUACCAAAAGGGCGAAGGUGGUGGACUGGCUCGUGGAAGUGGCUGGUGACUUCAAGCUUCUGGCUGACACGCUUCACCUUGCGGUUUCAUAUUUCGAUCGAUUCCUCUCAGUGGGUGUCAUUAUCCCCAGCGAGCUGCAGCUGCUGGGUGUGACUGCGUUGCUUGUUGCUGCGAAGUUUGAAAAUGAUAUGCAUAAGGUGGGGGAAUACAGUGACAUUACUGACAACACAUACACCAAACAGCAGGUGGUGAAGAUGGAGGCUGACAUACUGAAAUUGCUCAAGUUUGAGAUGGGGAGCCCCACUGCAAGAACUUUUCUACGGAGAUACAUAACUAUGUGCCGUCGAGGCGAUCGUGCAAAAGCAAAAACGCUGGAGUUUAUGUGUAGCUACCUUGCGGAAUUAAGCUUGCUGGACUAUGACUGCACAUUGUUCAAGCCAUCACUUGUUGCUGCUGCCUGCCUUUUUUUGGCCAGGUUCACAAUCAGCCCAAAAAACCGUCCUUGGAACCUGACGCUGCAACGAAAAACGGGCUACAAGGUCUCUGAUCUAGACUGUUGCAUCUUGACGAUACAUGAGUUGCAGUUGAUUGGAAGGUACCCAGGCUUGGAAGAAGAAGCCAUAAAACUCAAGUAUAGUCAUUCUGAGCUUGAGAGUGUGUCGGCAAUGGCUUCACCACGAAAAAUCCCCGAGAAAUUCCUCAAGGACAUCAAACAGUGA